CGCAACUUUCGAUCUUUGCUGAAGCUUUCAAGGAGUUGAUUAUGAGCUCGCCAAAAAAAGGGGUUAGAAUGUGCGAGUUCAUAUAAAUAUCCUCUAUGCUCGGGUUUGUGGUAUCAGUUGGCAUUCACAGUUCCUCCUAUCACAAUGAAAACGUUUGCAGUUGCCCUUUUGGCCGCCUUGGCCCAUGCCCAAGAGCCUUACUACUACAAGUGGUCCCCUGAGAACCCCGUGGCUCCUCCUUUCGAGUUCCCGAAGAACAUUCCCGUGCCCUUUCCGGCCACCAAUGAGCCCACUGGCAAUGCUGGUUAUCAAUAUCAAUACACCCCUGAUCAGCCCAAUGCCCGCCCUUUCAAGGCUCCCCAGGAUUACACUCCCGUGGACUUCAAGUAUCAAUACGUGAGCCAACCUGGGGACAGCUUCAAGUACAACUACCAUCCCGCUCCCGGCGAGUUCGACUUUGUCUACACUCCCCCAAAGGAUCAAGAAAACCUUAGCCCCGAAGAGAUCAAUCAACGUGCUGGCGCUACUGCCAAUACUGUCCGCGAGGUGGCAAAUCUGUUGGCUAAUGUGAAUUCUGAUGAUAUCAAGGCCAUCACUGGUGAGCUCGGAUUCGGCCAAGGCUUUGACCUGAGCGGUGUAUCUGCCGGUAUCAAUAAGGUCGGUGACUUCAUCGAAGAUGGUGGUGCGGCUGGUGCCAAAAUCGCAGAGAGUAUUGGACCAAUUCAACCUGCCCAGCCGGCUCAGCCUGCCCAAUACAACGCUCAGCCUGCGCAAUACAGCGCCCGGCCUGUCCAGUACAAGGCCCCAUCUGUCCCUCUGCCUUAUGCCGCUUAUCAAUCGGCUUACCCAGCGCCCGCUAACGCUCAGUAUGCCAAUGCCUACCGCAGCUACUAAUGCCCUUUUUAGCGAAAUAAAAACUUAAAGAAUA